CUACAUACAUGCCAAACUGUCAAAGUAAAUGGUGGACGCUUCGAUAUUAAUUCGCUAGCAUAUUAAUUUUUGUAUUUUGCCGAAGAUUCGACCCAUCUGUGCGUUCCACAAUGACUGAUGUAAUGAGUCAACCAUCUCCCGAACCGGAGGAAGCAGUCGAAAAACCGGCACAAACUUUGUCGGGGCCAAUUGUGGGUAUUAUUUAUCCGCCGCCCGAGGUUCGCAAUAUCGUCGACAAAACUGCCAGCUUCGUGGCACGCAACGGGCCCGAGUUCGAGAGUCGCAUCCGGCAAAAUGAGCUGGGCAACCCAAAAUUCAAUUUUCUCAGUCCGGGGGAUCCCUAUCACGCGUACUACCAGCACAAGGUGCGUGAAAUCCGGGAGGGUCGGAACGACGUCAGUUUGGCGGUUGUGCCCAGCGGAAUCCAGCAGCUGAAAAGUGCGGCCAGCUUGGCCGCUCAGCUCAAGCAGCAGGAACUGUUGAAGUCCGUCCGGGAGGAACAGUUUGUUCCGAAGGAUCCACCGGCAGAGUUCGAGUUUAUCGCUGAUCCGCCCUCGAUUUCGGCGCUUGAUUUGGACAUAGUUAAGCUGACGGCCCAGUUUGUGGCCCGCAAUGGUCGAUUGUUUCUGACGAAUUUGAUGAACCGCGAGCAGCGGAACUAUCAGUUCGAUUUUCUGCGACCGCAGCAUUCAUUGUUUCAGUAUUUUACGAAACUGCUGGAGCAGUAUACUAAAAUUUUGGUUCCACCAAAAGAUUUGAUGAACAAGCUGAAGAUUGAGAGCGCUGCCGGUCGGAGCAGCAUGAAUAUCGUGCUCGAGCAGGUCAAGUACAGGGCGAAUUGGAACAAACAUCAAGAGAUGCAGAGGCGCCGCGAGGAGGAGAAGAUUGAAAGGGAACGAAUUGCGUACGCUCAGAUCGAUUGGCAUGACUUUGUGGUGGUUGAAGUGGUGGACUAUCAACCGUACGAGAGCGGUAGCUUUCCUCCGCCAACCACUCCCGAUGAGGUCGGUGCGCGUGUACUGAUGGAGGAACGUUUGAACGAAGAGGAUCACGAUAUUGAGAUGCAGAUUGAGUCGGAUGACGAGGAGAGUGAUGAUGAUCGACCAGCGAACAACAUUAAGCUGUCGAAAAUGGAGAACCGCGUUGGACAAGGUGCGUCACAGCGUCGUGAUAACAAUCAGGUUCAGGAUAUGGAUGAAUCGAGUUCCUCGAGCGAUGAGGAUGUGCCGAUCCGUCUGGGACGCGAUAAGGCAUCGACCGGAGCUCCACAGCCACCUCCGGUGGCUCCACCGACGCAUGAUAAGGUUAUUGUCAAGAAGUACGAUCCGAAACAAGCUCAGAAGAUACAGAAACCGCCAGUUCCGGCGGGAGAUGAUUACCUCAUCUCGCCAAUCACGGGCGAGAAAAUUCCCGCCUCGAAGGUGGCCGAGCAUAUGCGCAUUGGUUUGUUGGAUCCUCGCUGGGUCGAACAGCGAGAUAAACACAUCGAGAAGGUUGCGCAGGAAAAUGUUUAUGCUCCUGGUGCCGCCAUCGAGGCAAGCUUGAAGCAACUUGCCGAAAGGCGUACCGAUAUUUUCGGUGUGGGUGACGAGGAAGCGGCCAUUGGUAAGAAGUUGGGCGAAGAGGAAACCAAGAAAGACGACCGUGUCACGUGGGAUGGUCACACUUCUAGCGUGGAGGCAGCCACUCGGGCUGCCAGAGCAAAUAUUACCCUGGAGGCACAGAUUCAUCAGAUCCACAAGAGCAAGGGUUUGAUUACCGACGAGGAGAAAGAAAAAAUCGGCCCGAAACCGAUCCCAGGUACGGUUGCUCUUGCACCACCCAAGCCUCCAACGAUUGCUCCGCCGACACCACACACAACCGCUUCCCAAUCUCACCAACCACCACCUCCGAAACCGAUCCAGGUUCAUCAGCCCCAUCAGCACCAUCAGCAUCACCAUCCAGUCCAGCCACCGCCGGUUCCGAUGAUGAUGCAAAUGGGCAUGACAAUGGGACCUCCUCCGAUGAUGCCGCCACCGUUCCCGGUGGGCUUCGGUGUUCCACCGAUGCCUUCACACGGCGUCCCGACGAUGCCACCUGCUCCCAACAUGCAGGAGCAACAGUCGGUCGGUGGCGCCGGCGGUGUCGGAUCCAUCGAUUUGGAUGAACCACUCAGCAAGAAGUCACGCACAGAGGAUCAUCUCAUCGAGGAGAAUGUCUUCAUGCAGCGUCACAAGGGUCCGGUCACGAUUCAGGUGCAGUGUCCGAGCUUGACCGAGAAGAGCGAGUGGAAGCUGAACGGUCAGACGAUCUCGAUGCAGCUGCAGCUGACGGAAGCGGUGAGCGCGAUGAAGGCGAAACUGCAAGCGGAAACGGGUAUGCCGCCGGCAAAGCAGAAGAUUUUCUACGAGGGAAUGUUCUUCAAAGACAGCAACACCGUUGCAUAUUACAAUUUGCUCAGCGGAGCCACUGUUCAUCUACAGCUGAAGGAGCGUGGUGGUCGUAAGAAGUAAUUGUAUGGAGGGCAGUCUUGCAUUAACUAGGGAGUUUUCCUUAUGGGCUUAUUAUAAAAAAAUAAUUAUCCAAGAGUAUGGUUGCCUGAAAAUUCAUCCGUCAUGUAUUUCUAGUAACUCUCUUUUAUCGUAACAACAAUAAAGUAAUAUACAAAACC